AGCGUAUGUCCGCAAAUCAUACCCCGCUGAUUACAACGACUCUCGUCUUCACCAUCUGGCAUCAACAACCUUGGGGCACCGAAUCCCACUACUGACUCGGCUCUCUGCAAGCCAUGGAAUCAGAACCGCUUGAGCUGGGAGAGGUCUUUCAACGGCUGUACCCAAUCCUUCUGCUCGCUGCGGCUUACACUCUGAUUGGCCGAAUCCGCGAAUACUGGCGCUUGAGGCACUUUCGAGGUCCUCCUACGACAGGUAUCUCGUGGUGGUGGCACUCGAAGGCAGUCUUUAGUGGCCGAGCUCAUGAAUACUAUGGCAAUGCCACAGAAAAAUACGGACCAAUUGCGAGAGUUGCACCGAACCAUCUCAUAACUUCAGAUCCUGAAUUCUGGGCAAAGUGCAACGCGGUGCGGUCGCCGUACCGAAGGGCGCCUUGGUACUACCAUGCCGCUCGUUUUGAGCCUGGAAAGGAUAACGUAUUCACCGAAUGCGACAAUGAUAGCCAUGAUGCGAGACGUAAGAAGAUGGCUUCUGGUUAUUCCGGCAAAGAGAACCCAACACUAGAGUCUUCAAUCGACACCCACGUGAAAGAGCUAGUAGAGUUGGUGCGCAAGUACGCCACCCCUAAAGCCUCAACCACAACAUCUAAACCCAUGGACUUGGCCAGAAAGAUACCGUUCUUCACCCUGGACGUCAUCAGUCAUGUCGGACUGGGUGAGGCUUUCGGAGAUCUCAAAGCCGACGAAGACCUCAAAGAUUAUCUGACUUCAAGUGAGCAAGGCCUAAAAAUUUCAAACACAACUUUUGCCAUGGGCAUAGCGUGGCUCAGGGAGAUACCCAUCAUUGGACCCGCAAUCAGUCCGUCGGAGAAAGAUGUGUCCGGUUUUGGUAGGAUGAUGGCCGAAGCGCGGAAGAUUGUUGACGGGCGGAAGGCGAAGUCCACGGAGAGCAAGUCUGAUAUGCUUGCAUCGUUUGUAAGGCAUGGCGUAAGCGGCGAGAACCUUUUUCAGGAAGCUUUUGAGCAGAUUCUGGCAGGGUCUGAUACGACGGCUGCUGCUAUCCGAAUCAUUAUGCUCUAUAUUACGAGCCACCCGCGUGUUUACGCAAAGCUACAGACCGAGAUUGACGAAGCUGUCAAAUCGGGCAUUGCGUUGUCAGGCGUGGUACCAGAUGCAGAAACGCGUCGACUGCCGUACCUGGCCGCUGUCAUUCGAGAAGGGCUCAGAGUGCACCCGCCAGUAGUCAACCUUUUCUCCCGGAUCGUGCCAGAGGGGGGAGACGUCGUGACCAUAGAUGGGAAGGAGUACCACAUACCCGGCGACACAAUGGUCGGCUAUGCAGCCUGGAGUAUGCACCGCAACAACCGCGCUCUCUACGGCGAAGACGCUCACGUCUUCCGCCCGGAGAGAUGGUUCAUUGACGAGAGUAUCCCAGAAGAAAAGGAGCGUCUGGCAAGGAUGACCAAGACCAACGACUUGAUCUUUGGAUAUGGAAGAUGGCAUUGUUUGGGACAAAAUAUCGCCUUAAUCGAGAUACACAAGUGUAUCUUUGAGCUGUUUCGGCAUUUCGAUUUGGCGCUGACGAAUCCACAACAGCCGUGGCAUACCUUCAACUCGAUGGGUCUAUGGGAGAUCACGGAUAUGUGGGUAGAUGUUACCGAACGAACGUAACUAAGCGAUGAGAAUGUUUUUUUAGGGAGCUUCUCGUACGUAGGUAAUGCAUUCAUGAGAUACACGGGAAAUAUGACCACGACUUUUGCCUUC